AUGCGUUUCUCUUUCUUCACUUUAAUAUUAUUAUUUGCCGUUUUGAAUACUGUUAAAUGUACGAUGGAUUCAUGUCGUCAAACAUUUGGCUCUAGAAAAUAUGAUUUGAAUCGUUUAAGUAAAUUUACAUUAUUUGGAAGUGAUGAUGAAUACGAUUAUGCUCUAACUCUUUGUGAUAUUGUUAAAGCAGAAGCAUGUCAUGGACAUAUUGUUCCGUAUGAAAUGAGUUGUCAAUAUAAUCGUGCCUUUCAAAUGUGGUCUACAAUGGCAUUUCUAGAUGGUAAAUCAACGUUUUCGCCCAAUCUUAAUGCAACCUACACAGAAAAUUCAGAUGGACCAGGAACAGGUGUUUUUAUGACAACAAAUAAUGGUGAUCCAUGUUUUGGUCGUACUCGAUAUAUGAGAAUGAAACUUAUUUGUGAUAGAACUGUUGAACAACCGACAAAUAUGACUAUUGUACAAUGGUCAAAUUGUGAUUUUCAUGUUGAAGUAAGAGCUAUACAAGCUUGUCCAAUACAAUAA